AUGUCCACCAGCUACACCAUCCACGUCUCUGGCCUCGCCCCCGAGACCACUGAAGACAAGCUCCACGACUUCUUCUCUUUCUGCGGUAAACUCACCAGCGUCAAGAAGAGCGGGAGCGAAGCCGACAUUACUUUUGAAAAGCUCAGUGCUAUGAGGACCAGUCUGAUGCUCAACGGCGGUACUCUCGACGGCGCCCACCUUGAAGUCACUUCUGCUUCCGACAUUGAAAAGACCCCCUCUGUGCUUCCCACAACGGGCUCUACCCCCAUCGGUACCGGUCUUGACUCUGAGGGUGUCUCGCAAGAAGACAAGCCCAAGGCUGCUAUUGUUGCCGAGUAUCUUGCUCACGGUUACGUUCUCGGAGACAACAUUGUCCAGAAGGCUAUCGACCUCGACCACAAGCAGGGCAUCUCUCACCGAUUCCUCAACUUCUUCAACUCUCUCGACCACACUGUCGGCCAGAAGGUUGUUGGCGAGAACCAGACUUUCUCUGGCAGGAUCCAACAACACGCCGCUACUGCUGUCGCCAAGGGUAGGGAGGUCGACCAAAGCAAGGGUAUCAGCGCCAGGUUCAGCGAAUACUACAGCAAGGUGUUUGGUACUCCUAUAGGCCAGAAGGUUGUUGCUUUCUACACUACCACCCAGAAGCAGGUCUUGGACGUCCACGAGGAGGCCAAGAGGAUCGCCGAGGACAAGAAGAAGACCCACCUCGCUACUGUCCCUGCGGACGAGGCCGGAAGCUCUUUGCCCAGCUCCGACGUCAAGGCUGAUGUCGCUUCUUCCACUACCCCCGCCGCUGCGGCUACUUCUAUCCCCACUUCUACUGCCGUCCCCACCAUCCCCAUCUCCACCAUUCCUGCCCCCCCUCAGAUCUAA